AAUAAAUAGAAAUAACUGUUUAGUUAAUUGGAAGGAGGCUGGUUAUAAAGAGUAGAUUCAGAUGAAUAAAAGAAAUUCAAGAAAGAACAUGUAUCUGUACAAAAAAGGAAGAAAGUUCGUGUAUUUUUUCAUCACUUGCUAAUGACAGUUACAGGUUAAGAAAUGUUUUUUAAAAUUCAUCUAAGGCGUGAUAUGAAGUUGUACAAGUCUGAAAAUUUCCUAAUAGGUGGCAAGAAGACCUCUCUAAUUAAGCUUAUGUAAUCAAAUCCCAGGUUUUCUGAUGCUUGGGAAAUGUGCAGGAUUCUGAAUGAUCAUGCUGCCUGGAACGAGUUUGCCAGAGCUUGUCUACACCACAUGGAAGUGGAGUUUGCAAUCCGCAUUUAUCGGACAAUUGGAAAUGUUGGCAUAGUGAUGUCCUUGGAACAAAUAAAGGGAAUAGAGGACUACAAUCUUUUGGCAGGACACCUCGCUAUGUUCAUUAAUGAUUUCAACCUGGCUCAGGACCUCUACCUGGCAUCCAGCUGUCCCGUUGCUGCUCUGGAGAUGAGAAGGGAUUUACAGCACUGGGACAGUGCUCUACAACUGGCAAAGCGUUUGGCCCCAGACCAAAUACCAUUUAUAUCAAAAGAAUAUGCUAUUCAGCUUGAAUUCACGGGUGAUUAUGUAAAUGCUUUGGCUCAUUAUGAGAAAGGAAUAACAGGUGAUAAUAAGGAACAUGAUGAAGUGUGCCUGGCUGGAGUGGCCCAGAUGUCCAUAAGGAUGGGAGACAUACGCAGAGGGGUUAACCAAGCCCUCAAGCAUCCCAGCAGGGUCCUUAAGAGAGACUGUGGAGCCAUAUUGGAGAAUAUGAAGCAAUUUUCAGAAGCAGCCCAACUGUAUGAAAAAGGUCUCUACUAUGACAAAGCAGCGUCUGUUUACAUCCGCUGUAAAAACUGGGCAAAAGUUGGUGAGCUUCUGCCUCAUGUUUCUUCUCCCAAGAUCCACUUGCAGUAUGCCAAAGCUAAAGAAGCAGAUGGAAGAUACAAGGAAGCCAUAGUGGCUUAUGAGAAUGCAAAACAAUGGAACAGUGUAAUCCGUAUCUAUCUGGAUCACCUCAAUAAUCCUGAAAAAGCUGUCAGUGUUGUCAGAGAAACCCAGUCUCUGGAUGGAGCCAAAAUGGUAGCCAGGUUUUUUCUACAGCUAGGUGACUAUGGGUCUGCCAUUCAGUUUCUUGUCAUGUCCAAAUGUAACAACGAAGCUUUCACACUGGCUCAGCAACACAACAAAAUGGAAAUCUAUGCAGACAUAAUUGGUUCUGAAGACAAUACUAAUGAAGAUUAUCAAAGCAUUGCCUUAUACUUUGAAGGAGAAAAAAGACAUUUUCAGGCUGGAAAAUUCUUCUUGCUGUGUGGCCAAUAUUCACGAGCACUUAAACACUUCCUGAAAUGCCCAAGCUCAGAAGAUAAUGUGGCAAUAGAAAUGGCAAUUGAAACUGUUGGUCAGGCCAAAGAUGAACUGCUGACCAGUCAACUGAUAGACCAUCUCAUGGGGGAGAGUGAUGGUAUGCCUAAGGAUGCCAAGUACCUGUUCCGCCUGUACAUGGCUCUGAAACAAUACCGAGAAGCUGCCCGGACUGCCAUCAUAAUCGCCAGAGAAGAGCAGUCUGCAGGAAACUAUCGGAAUGCACAUGAUGUUCUCUUUAGUAUGUAUGCAGAACUUAAAUCCCAGAAGAUCAAAAUUCCUUCCGAGAUGGCUACCAACCUCAUGAUCCUGCACAGUUACAUACUUGUGAAGCUUCAUGUAAAAAAUGGAGAUCAUAUGAAAGGGGCACGCAUGCUUAUUCGGGUGGCCAACAACAUUAGCAAGUUUCCGUCACACAUUGUUCCAAUCCUGACGUCUACUGUGAUCGAGUGUCACAGGGCAGGCCUGAAGAACUCUGCUUUCAGCUUUGCAGCUAUGUUGAUGAGGCCUGAAUACCGCAACAAAAUAGAUGCCAAAUACAAAAAGAAGAUUGAGGCCAUGGUCAGGAGACCUGAUACAUCUGAGACAGAAGAGGCCACAACCCCAUGUCCAUUCUGUGAAUUUCUUCUCCCGGAGUGUGAACUCCUCUGUCCUGGAUGUAAAAACAACAUCCCGUAUUGCAUUGCCACAGGUCGCCAUAUGUUGAAAGAUGAUUGGACAGUGUGUCCACAUUGUGACUUCCCUGCUCUGUACUCAGAAUUAAAAAUCAUGUUAAACACUGAAAGCACAUGUCCCAUGUGUUCAGAAAGAUUAAACUUUGCUCAACUGAAAAAAAUUUCAGACUGUACCCAUUACCUGCGAACAGAGGUGGAACAGUGAGUAGCAUGUGCAGGUGCGUGCC